AUGGAUCCAAUGAAUGUGAGACCAACCAAAUUAGAUUCGGAUCAAAAGCCCGAAGAGGAUACCGAUUCAUCUGGUGAGAAAGAUGAGUCCCUUCUAUUGUUAAUUCAGCGUGCUAAAAGAAGUUCACAGUCGUCGGACAAUAAGGAAUCAGAACAUAACAACGCUGACACGUCGGACGAAAAUGAAGCUAAAUUGGAAGAGAAACCAGAGCCGAGGUCCUCCGUUUCAGCAACUCGUAGACCAAGUGCCAUCAGUAUUUCAGACUACUUGGCCUCAAAAGCUGUUCAACAAACAAUCGAAGCCCAACGUCACAACAAAAAAUCUCUUCGAAGAUCAAGUGCACCAUCAAAAUCGAGCGGUCGAACUGAUCUAGCAACAUCAAGUGCGGUGCCUCGACCUCGUUCUACGCAUGCCAAAACACCGUAUACCGAGACGAGCGUCAUUCUCUAUGCCCUCAGAACGGCAGAAACUGCGAGGUGGACAACAUACGACUUCGUAGAAGGGCGUGAAAGUGAAUAG